AUGGUCGGUCCAGGCGGCGGUCCCCCGCGCAAGAGUCACACCAAAUCUCGCAACGGCUGCAAAACCUGUAAGAGGCGACAUAUUCGCUGCGACGAGACUUUCCCGCAAUGUCGCAAUUGCACCAAGCACAACUGCCGCUGCGACUACCAGGAUGUUGUCGGCGCUCAAGGCAGUCCCCCCACACCACGACGGGGUCCGGACCUGCUCAUGUCGCCCGAUAUUGAGGCCGAAAUCGAGAACUGGCAUCGUACCGGCGUGCCGCCUUAUCCAGAGCUCCUGCAGUGUCCCCGUUCGGGAUGGUCUGGUCUGUCGCGUGCGGAUCUGCGCUUGAUUCAUCAUAUUAUUGGGCUUUCGAUUGAUUUGCAUCGGAGAGGGUUGAGUGGUUGUACUGUUUGGGCGCAGAAGAUGCCUAAUUUUCUUGCUAUUGCGCUGUCUAGCGACUUUGUUAUGAGCUCUAUCCUUGGCUUCUCGGCUUUCCAUCUUUCCUUCUUGACCGGAGACCAGGAUACGAAGCAGUUAGCUUAUCGUCAUAAGGUUACUGCCCUUCAGGGCUUGCAGAGUGCUCUUGGGUCGUUCUCCAAGGAUAACUGUGAUGCUAUUCUCGCGGCGUCUAUUCUUCUUUCAUGGCAGGCGACAGAACACUCAAGUUGGAUGUCCUUACAACAUGGCAUCUCAAGUGUCCUCGAGUCUAUGCAUCCGUAUUGGAAGCAGGAGUCAGAUCUGGCACAGUUCGUAGACAGUCAACGCGCACUGAGCACAACAGAUCUCGGGAUGGCAACUGGCUACCAACCUCUCGAUGAAGACAUGGCCCAUCUCGACCAAACCAUCAACGGCCUCCAGAUGAUCCAAAAACGAGUCACUCACAAACUGGAGCACACCCAAAGGCUCGGUGAACUGAUCGAAUUCGUCCAACAAUUCCGCGACGACUUCCCAAGUCAAACCUCCGAACAAACCUUUGACCGUAUCCAGAUCCUGCGCCGCUGGCUCUUCUGGCUACCACCCUCCAUGCUCCGAGGCAGCGACUCGGACCUCAACGCCCUCCCAAUCCUCGCCCAGUUCUUUGCUGUCGGCGUCUCCCUCGACCGCUUCCUUCCCGAGAUGGGAGGCGCAUAUCUAGGCGCUCUAUCCAUCGGCCCAAUCGAGGAAAUCUACCGCAUCAUCAUCGCACAUAGCGCAACGGAUCCAUUCAACGCUGAAUUGCGACUUUCCCUGGGCCUGAUGGAUAUCCCGCGACGCAUCGUCGCCCACUAUCGCAGCCGCCUUCCUUGGUCUCCUCGCUCCUCUAUUGACCAAUACUCCCCCGGCCCGCCUAGUCCAUAUCACCACAACCUGACCGAAUACCCCCUCGUCGCAUCUUCCUCUCCUGCAUCAGCUUCUCCCUCUUACGCCGCAUAUACCCCGCCCCUACAGUCCCCUCCAGCUGUCACAGUCGCCAGCUCCCCUUACAACCUCCCAGAUGGCUAUAUCACUGCUCCACCCUCGCAUUCUCAUUCCCUGUACCCGCCCUCGCCACAACUCCUGGAUACGAAUGAUGCACACCUCGCCCUUGAUUUGGGCCAUCCGCACACUGCCAUCCCGAAUGCCUCGACAUAUACGCCACCAUAUGGUGGGGAGUUGCAUUGCUCUGAUUUACCUCGUGCUGAUGGCACGCUUGGUUUGAACAUGGAGGUCUAUCCGCAGACGCAUCCCUUUGAAAUGCCCAGUUUGGUUGCGCCACUUUGGACAUCAUGA